AUGGCCGACGACCAGACUUCGGCCGCCAUCAAGGAUGAGGAGUUCGAGAACAAGAAGCAGGCUACCUCCUCGCUCAAGUCGUUCCUCUCUGGUGGUUUCGGUGGUGUCUGCUCCGUUCUCGUUGGACACCCAUUCGAUUUGACCAAGACACGUCUGCAAACCGCUGCUGACGGCAAGUACACUGGUGGUUUGGACGUUGUGCGAAAGACGAUCAAGGCUGAUGGUAUCAAAGGAAUGUACCGUGGUAUGGGCCCACCUCUGGUCGGUGUUACACCCAUCUUUGCGCUCUCCUUCUGGUCUUACGAUAUGGGCAAGAAGCUCGUUUACGCCAUGACACCAAACCGAACCGACCCCAAGCUCUCCAUCCCUGAGCUCGCCUUUGCCGGUUUCUUCAGUUCCAUCCCCACCACCAUGGUCGCAGGUCCAGCGGAACGUGUCAAGGUUCUCCUCCAGCUUCAGGGCCAGGGCACAACCGGUGGGCCCACUUACAACGGUCCCGUCGAUGUCGUCCGUCAACUGUACAAGGAGGGUGGUCUAAAGUCGAUCUUCCGUGGUACCGGUGCUACUCUCGCUCGUGACGGUCCAGGAAGCGCUGCCUACUUCUGUGCUUACGAAGCUUCCAAGCGUCUCUUGACACCUGCCGGUCAGGACCCUCAGCAGCUCAACUUCCUCAAUGUGCUCACCGCAGGUGGUCUUGCAGGUAUGGCCAUGUGGGCGCUCGCUAUUCCUCCCGAUGUCAUCAAGUCGCGCUACCAGGGUGCUCCUCACGGUACUUACAGCGGUUUCCUCGACUGCGCCAAGCAGACCGUUGCCAAGGACGGCAUGAAGGCUCUUUUCAAGGGUUUCGGCCCUGCUAUGGCUCGUGCUUUCCCCGCCAACGCUGCCACUUUCCUUGGUGUCGAGGUCUCGCUCCAGGCCAUGAACAAGAUGUUCUAA